AUGGAGGUGACGCCGGAUGUCUCCGCCCACUUGAGUUUUUUUUUUUUGUGUAUUUUCCUCUCAAAUUAGACUGUCAUUCUCCGAGUCCCUACCCGUUUCUGCAUCACGUCCACAUUGAGAGAGAGAGAGAGAGAGAGGGAGAAAGAGAGAGAGAGAGAGAGAGACGAAGAGGUCUGAACUGUCAAAAUCUCCUUUCUCUCUCAGGGCGUCGUGUUUGCUACACGCGCUGUAGUCUUCAUUUCCCAUCCUACACUCGACUAGAACGGCCCUGCCCUUGCUUCUGCGUUCUCUGUGUCCCCUCUUGCGUGUAAGCGGUGUGUGUGUGUGUGUGUGUAGUGUGUGCAUCUCUGCGUUCGUGUUCGUGAGAGAAUUGCAUGCACAACAUCGGGCCUCGUUUCCUCCGUUCACUUCAGUAUUUGUGCGUUCGUGGUCAAGACAACAAGUUCUGGCCGUAGGGAGAAACGGUCAUCGAUACACAGGCAUCAGAUCUGGUGGAGUGUGACAAAUUGGACUGUUGCUUGGGUGAAAAAAAAACAAAAACAAAGGGCCGAAUUAACGACGAAGAAAUGCGCUGAAAAGCAAAACGGCAAGAGGCUCGUGUACGAGUUUCAGCGAUGGCCCAAGUGAAGUCGGCCAAUAGCGACGAAGCAAGCCCAUCAUCAGCAUCAAGCGAGACGACUGUACAUCGUAACCCAAAAAUGCCUGUUGCCAGCAUCCCGUUGUGCAGCGAAACGGAUCACGAAGAAGCCAAAGAAAAGGAUCAACUAGUUGACGAAGAAGAAGCGAGUGGCGGUGACGUUGUGGAUUCUUGUCACCAUCGUGCGACAUCGACAUCUCUCAUUCUACCACCGCCCAGCAUGGGUGAAGACAGUUUAAGCGUUGCUAGUCCGGAUUCCGGUCACGGAACGACGGGUAGCCAUACGGAAUCGGACGUUCAAUUGGAACACGAAGUCAUGAUGAUGAUGCAGCAGCAACAGCAACAGAUGGAAGUGACGGCUUCUAAAGUUCAUUUAGUACAACAUCAUCACCAACAGCAGCAGCAGGCGUCGAUGGCAGGGAUGAUGGGCGCCAUUUUGGCCGAGCCCGGCAUGCUGCCUUUGCCUCCUGUUGAUUAUUCCUGGAUGAACGGACAGCAGCAACAAGUUCACCACCGUCAGCACUUGCAACAACAACACCACCACGGCCCGGUUGUGCACGCUCCACGAGUCAUGGAACCGGUGGCUAUUAACACGGAAACGGGUUUUACGACGGUGCUAGUGGACGCUUCGGCUAUGGCCGGUUAUCCGCACCAUCAAAUGCCAACGGCUCAAGCCACGCACAGUUGGCCGCAGCAUCACCAUCCAGUGGUAGGUGGACAACAACACGGCUACGUUCAUCCGCAUCAUCAUCAUGCGCACCCGCAUCAUCAUCACCACCAUCACCACCACGUCAUAGGAGGUCCGAUGGGUCAUCCGCAUCAUUUCCAGUCGCAACAGCAACCGCAGCACCAUCACCCACAUCCGCCGCCUCAUUUCUUACAUCCGCACGCUUACCACGACCCCAUGGCGGCCGGGAUGGCCGACUAUGGGGGAUACCUCGGCGGCGUAGGAGGCGGAGGGUACGAUUCGGGAUUGUUGGCUGCCCCGCCAUACGACCCCGCGUCUGGAGUCAUUUUUGAUCCGACGGCUCUUCAUAUGGGCGGAGGACCAGCUGGAGGAAAUGGCCCCCCACCGACGCACUUAACAGCCUUUGGCGGCUCGGGAAAAGGUGGCGGAGGUGGACCGGGCGGACGAAAUCACCGGGCAGGACGAGGUUCGAGCGUGAGUCCCAAACGGCCUAAUCAUCGAUCUGUUUCGCAGAACAACAGCGCUACUCAACAGAGACGUGCAUCCGGCCAAACGCAUUCGUCUUCCGGUGGAGGUCGAUACACUCCGUCGCCGUCUUCAGGCCGUUCGCGAGGGUCGUCUCCGGGGGUCAGCACGGCAACAACGGCCGCCAUCAACAACAUCAACAUCAACAACAACAAUCCACCUGCAACCAAUGCAGCUAAUUCCGGCAAUCCACCGAUGGUUAUUCUUCACAGCGGAUCAUCAUCCUCUUGCCCACCUCCACCUUCGGCUCCCGGCCAACAUGUCGUUCAUUUGCAUGUCAAUCCGGGCGAAACGGUCAGCCUACAAAUGGGCGGCCAAGUUCAAGUGAUUCAAGGUCCGGCUACGGUGCGGAUGGUGUCAACGGGAUCACCUCCUGUGCCGCUGCCUGUCCAGGUGCCACCUGGCCACGUUCUUCAACAGAUAGUCGAUGAAAGAGGUACAUUGCGUCAUGUUAUUUUAUCACCAGCUCCUGCGGCAACUGCGGCGGCUGUUGCGGCCGCAGUUGCAGCCGCGGCGGCAAGUAACAAGCAGACGACGACAGCGGAUGCGUCAACAACAACAACAACAACGUCGACAACAACGCCGACUAUUUCAGGAGCGGCAACUGCUGCCCCGCUACAACCCCCACCGCCACAACAGCCCAACAACUUGGGAGUUUUACCGCUCGCCACUCCGCCGCAUCCACCUCCGCUUCCCCCGCACUAUGGCUCGACGCAUGGACCUCCACCAACGACCACGACGCCACCCCUAUACUACGGAUCGAAUGGAACGGGCGGUGGAGGUGUUGGUUACGGUGGACCGCCCAGUCUGAUUAACCAUGGUGCUUCUCGACCGCCACAUUCGCAACAUCACCAGCAACAUCAUCACCACCAUCCACCAGCUCACGGUUAUAACAUGUCGUCGUCGGCUACGAAUACCACCAAAGGUCCUUCUCCAUCUCCGCCUUCUCCGGUGAAUUACCAAAAUGAAAGGCUGCAGAGACAAUCAGCCAAACUUCGCAAAAAAUUGGAAAGUAGGUCGAGCAAAACGGGGAGCGGAGUGACAAUGGCCGUCCUUAAUCCGACCACAUCAUCCGCAAUGGAAACGCCACCCACUUCUCCCAAGAAAGAUAACAACAACAUUCGAAAGCUGAAAGACCGCAAUCAGAAUGGAAUGCCGGAAAUUAGUUUGCCUUCAGGUGGCCAAGACCAGCAUCACCAAGCGGAGGCAGCCAAAAAAAACCAUCAAGAAGCAUUGGCGGAACGAAUAACCGAACUUGCAGCGCCGCAGGUGGGCGAUAUCGAUUCGACAUCGGCCACCGUUAGCUGGAAACCCGUUGAGCCUGUGAUAGUGGAACCGAUUACGCCCAUGGAACUGGCCAAAAAUCCGGUGGGGUUAGAUGUAUUGUACGAAGCCGUGAUUGGGCAGAAGACGGGCGCCAGUAAAUCGUCCUCCCCCCAAGAGAAGUGCAGUUACCGUGGCAAAGAAUGUCAUUUCAGGUUGAUGGAUCUUCAACCGGGCAUGGAUUAUUGGAUCCGCGUGAGUGCCUUAGUGGACGAGCUGAAGGUUAAAGAUGCUCCGGUCGUCGAGUUUCGCACGGAUGCGUGCCGACCCGGUACGCCAUUUUCACCCAAAUUGCAGAACAGGACGAGGAAUUCGCUGCUGUUGCGUUGGUCUUCGCCGGCCGACAACGGCUCACCCAUCGUUCACUACAUCCUCGAGUGCGACGACGGAUCGGGCAAUGACCGCUACAGCGAAGCUUAUCGGGGUCGCAACAAGCAGUUCACCAUCAGCAAACUGCAAUCGUCCACUUGUUAUGCAAUUCGACUGGCCGCUUGCAACGAAAUCGGGGCCAGUGAAUGGAGUCCAGUUUUGAAAGCCACGACGAUGGGUGCUCCGCCCCCUCCGCCGCUUCCGCCCACGCUACGCUCGGCCAGCGCCAAACAGAUGAUGCUAAUGUGGGGCGGCCCAACUUCGCCGGCCGAUAUGUUGUACACGCUCCAAAUGGCGGAUCCGGAUUCAGGUCAUGGAUUCCUCAACGUCUAUCACGGACCCGACAACGAAUACGCUUGCACUGCCUUGACCCGCAGCACCGCUUAUCGAUUCAGGUUGCAAGCCCAGAAUGACGACGGCCUGUCGAGGUGGUCGGAGGAGACCUCCUUAUCAACCACGGCCGACCGCCCAGCAGCUCCGGCUCGCCCGAGCGUCAAGGGACGCAUCCAGGCGCACAGCUUCCGCGUUCGCUGGGAUCCGCCGUUGGACACGGGUGGCGCUCCCGUUAAACAAUACUCCCUGGAAAUAGAUUCUGGCGCAGGCUUUUCGCCCGUCUGGAACGGGGCCGAAACAGAAUUCACCUGCGACAAACUAACACCCGGCACCACUUACCGCGUUCGGAUUUCGUGUUUUAACGGCCAAGAACACAGCGAUGUUUCCGAAACGCUAAUUGUCACGACCGAGCCCGUUUGCCCAGGAGCUUCAGCCGUCCCACAUUUAGUAGGCAAAGUGCGACCUACCAGUUUGCAACUAGGAUGGGCGAAACCGGAAUACGACGGCGGAUCGCUGGUAACCCAGUACGAAGUAAAUAUGAUCAACCCGGAUAGCAGUACUAGAAUCGUCUUCUCCGGCUAUGAGACCGAAUGCCUCGUUGCAUCCCUCCUUCCUGGAAGGUGCUACGCGUUUCAAGUGCGGGCCAGCAAUCGUAUCGGAUUCGGUCCAUGGUCCGAGUCAUUCGAGAUCAAGAGCGGUCCCGGCGUUCCCAGCGCCCCGGUUCAGCCAUUGGUAACCAAUCGAUCGGCACAUUCGGUGUCGCUCGUCUGGAACGAACCUGACAACAAUGGCUCUGCUGUCCAUGAAUAUCGUUUGGAAAUGGCACCUCAUCCACGUGUCACCAAGAGCCCUAGCGUCUGUUCAUUGAACGAUUCUGCCGAGGUGCAAACGAACGGCCAUGCGGAAGAAUCGGUUGAUUUGGAUCAACUCAUUUUCACGCCCUAUCACAGUGGGCCGGCAAAGCAGCUCGAAGUCAAAGGAUUACAUCCAUGGACCACUUACCAUUUCCGCGUCCAAGCAGUUAAUGCCAUCGGCGUCAGCGUUUUCUCUCCAGUUUCUUCAGUGACUACACUGGCAUCAUCUCCGGCAUCCGUUUCGGGUUUGCGGUGCACUUCCGUCACGGCGACCAGUCUCAGCCUUUCGUGGAACGUUCCUCAUUGCAACGGCUCGUCCAUCACGCACUACAACGUGGAAAUCGGUGAUAGGGGAACGUUCCCCACCAACGAUGCCUCAACUACCUUUGACGCCAAUUAUCUGACUCCCGAUACCACCUACAGAGUUCGGGUUCAAGCAGCUAACGCUAUCGGCGUCGGUCCUUACUCCACAGCUUUCAAGUUCAGUACUCGACCUUUGCCGCCCGACGCACCACGGCUCGAGUGCGUUCAAGCCAAUCAUAACAGCCUGAAACUGCGCUGGGCCGAUGGCAAAAACCUGGAUUUCAUCCACUACUCUGUGGAAAUGCAAGAAGACGGCAGCGACAAGUACUAUCUGGUUUACGAAGGCACGAGUCAUAGCUACCGGGUGCCGAAACUCAAAGAAUCGACCUCAUACACUUUUCGGAUAUGCGCUCGCAACGAAGUGGGCGAAGGACCGUAUUCGGAAGAAGUCGUGUUCACGACGACGAGAGCGCCACCGCCAACGCUGAAAAAACCGGAAGUUUUGGACCUGACGGAAACUAGCUGCCGUAUCGUUUGGUCAGCCUAUCGAUUACCUGUAUCCAGCGACAGCGUCAUCUAUCUCGUGGAGGUGAUACGGACCAGAGACUCACAGGAGCCUAUAGUGACGAGACGGUGCUCGGAAAGUGAAAUGGCCGUUGACGGAUUAGAAUCUCGCACCGAGUACGCCGUCAGGGUGUGUCCAAUCCGUUUGUGCCAAGAUGGUGAGAUUCCAGGAGCUUAUUCACCUCUGAAAACGUUUUGCACUCCAUCAAGUCAAGCCGAGCAACAGACGACGAUCGAUUCGCAGCAGAACUCUUCCAGUCAGAUGGCGAACAAGAUGCCGAGACGGCUGACGGAUCAGCACGUUGUUCUCAUCAUUAUCGCCGCGAUCAUCGUCAUUGCCAUUAUGAUCGCUGUUGUGAUGGAUCACUUUGGUGUUAAGUGAAGAAAAAUGAGCAGCAAACAUAUUGGUUGAGAGUACGUGGAUGUGUGAUAGCGAAAGGGGGAAAGCAAAUGGAUAAAAUAACGAAAACUACAAAGAUUGAUGGAUGCCCACAACCCAUUGGCUUCUAUCAAUAAGUUCGAGCCGGGCUCUAACGACACAAAAUUUUCAGAUGACACAAUGCGCACAUUACACCCACCGCUUCCCUUCGAUCCGGCAUUGUUUAACUCCAUAUCAAUUUUUCUAUUAUAUAGUCUAUGAUUAUUCCCAGCAUACCCUACUACAUUACGAUUAUUAUAGUUAUUAUCGAUGAAUUUGCUACUCCAAGGUAUUUUUUGUUUUGUUUUCGGAAAAAGAGUGAAACGGCGGUCACCGCUAACAUUUGAAGCAAAAGAGACUUAUCCAAUUGCGUGUACCGACUUGUCUCUGUUGAUAUUUUUUUGCAAAUCUUUCCUCCGUCUCCUCCACAUAUGACCCCACUAUCCCUCGAGAAGUUGUUUCCCAGAUUUUGUCACUUGUUACUGGCAACAUUCCUCAUCGACAAGGGCAUGAGUUAUACGAUGGUUACGAUUUUUCAGUUUUCGUUGGAUUAGGAUUUUUCCUUCUCAAAUAUUAUACAUUUCUUAUUUUCCUUAUCAUUUACCUCUUUCGGAUGUGCGCUAUGCAGAGAAUUAUUCCACUUAUUUUUGUUUGGUUUUUCUUUUCGUCAGUGAAAUCUACCGUCGAUUGAUUCGUGUUUAUGUUUUUUUCCUUCCAUUCGAGUACUUUAGUCGGCAAACGUUCUCUCUGUUAUCUGUCCUUUGAUUCGUUCCCUUUUUCCAAAGUUACCCAUGGCAUUCGCAAAAGAAAGAAAUUGUAAUAAUAACGAAAACCAAAACAGAAAACCACGCGAGAAGUUUAACAUUUUCCAUAGACCUAUGAUGGAAAAAAAAAAAAAAAUCGAACGACAUUUGUUGUGCCAAUUUUUUUUAUUUGUUUUUUAUUUGUGUAGUUUAUUUUCCCUCAUUUUGUUCUUAGACAUCUCCUUCGCUCUCUCACUCCAUAUCUCUCUACUUUUUCCUGUGUCUACUGGAUUCGAUAGAUGCAAACGUAAACUUAUGACUUUCUCUCCUCCUUUAAAAAACAAUCAACCACGUUAUGCUUCGGUUUAAAAAUCCUACACACACGUAUAAAAAACAAAAAAACAAAAAACGCAUAUUUUCCAGGGUGUUUAUAUACGGAUUCCACAAUUUAUCUCUAUCCAUUUAUAAAUAUAUACAGUAUAUUAUAUAUGCAGUUAUAUCGAUGAUCCAUAAAGAAAAAAAGAAAACAAAAAUCAACCAACAAAAGAAAAACAAGAGCAUUGCUUGGCCACAUGUUAUAGAUAAGAAGUUAUUUCUCUAUUUUUAUAUAGCCCCAUCAGGAGAAAAAAGAUAUCCACGGUUUGCCAGGGAGACAUUGCAAGAAAAAAGAUACUAGUAAAACCCAUCAACCUUUUUGAUGUAUUCUGGAUGUUUACUAGUAUGAAGAAGAAGAAGAAGAAAAUAACGUGUUAUUUGAGCUUUUUGUGUGCUGCUGGAUGUAAUCAUGUUUAUUAAACACGGAAACGGAAAAAAAACAAAA